UUCCCUUCGAGUCUCGGAUGGUUCAAUUGCAUGGAGCUACAACAUAAUAUGGACAUGGAAUUUAAAACUAAUGAGUAUAUCAAAACCAAUUUCAUAACCAAAACUCCCCCCAUUUUUAGUUUCUUCUUUGGACUAAAGGGACUGAGAUACAUAUGGGUGGUGCUGGGUUGUGAAAUAGGUAGUUUUAUGUGAGGCAUGACAAUCUAUUUAUAGGAUAGGAAGAUUUAGAAUUUGUGAUCAAUCAGUACUCGAAGGGAUGGAGAACCACUGUUGAUUGAUUCAUUGCAUUCUUCCAAAAGAAGAUUGACUUGACUCGCUUCCGACUAGAGACGACUCUCGUUUUUCAAAGGCAACUGUUGUUAGUGUGUACCAUGGGGCGAGCGUGGUGGAUGUCCAACUGGGUUUUAACAGUGCGUGGACAUGUGUCAUAACCGGAUCAAAAAGGAUGAUGACCGACCGAAUUCCGCAGCACAGAGCAGCUUUGGGAGGAGUUCACACUUUGGACAGUGAGAGUCUGAAGGAGUUUGAAUCUCAUCAACCCAAACUUUUGCCUCCAGCCGUCCCCAUCGCUUGCUCCGAUACCUCACGCCCACCAUCUACCACCCCCGCCGGGCUGUUAUCCUCCUCCACCGCCUCCUCGGCAGCUCAAUCAGGUAGAAUGGAAGGAGGGUUUAAUGGAUUGAAGGGUAAAAAAAUCUCCCUUAUUACUAUAGUGCUCAUGUCAACAACUAUUCUUAUGUGGACAUGGGAGAAAACCCCACUUCUUACUACCUUGGUUCCGGCCGAAACCGAAACCCGGUUGCAGGUGUCUUCAGAACUGAGGGAUGUUGUUGUAGAUAGCUCUGUACCAUUGGAACGAGAACUACAUGUAGGCAAGGGUGUAACAACAUUAGCAGAGAGGGAUGCCUGGAAAGAAGAAUUUCGUGCGGGGUUAGGAUCUACACUAGAUUCCGGACCAUAAAAGCGAUGGGAUUAAUAGUGAUCAAGUGACAGACACUGUUGAGAAUAAUGGUAAGACAAUGCAUUUUUUCUUUUGCCUAGUUUAUUGAUGAAGAGUUUAUAUCAGCCCGUAUUUUGAUUAAAGUAGUGCUUUGGUAAGUAUUGUGCUUCAUCAAGCUGUUUAUGAGAGCAGCAUGAGAAUGUUGCCAAAUCACAUUUGGUAGUUCACAAAUUGUGAAUGCAAAGCAAACAUUGCAAAGUUUUUAUUUUUUA